ACAUAUAUGUGGAGAGCUGGUGGGAACUGUCCAUAGGUGCGCGCGAGGUUGCAAGUGUCUAAAAGAAAGUUCCUAAUCGAAGUGCGAGUCAAAAAUCGUUUGCAAAGUGAAAGGAGUGAGUGCCGCUGAGGCAUGCGAAUAAAUUUGCAAGAGUUACGAGAAACAUCCACAGAUUGCAGUGCGAGAAUCAAGCAGCAGAGCUAACAGCCAAGGAGCAGGGCCCCGCCCAAGGGCGCCUCGGAUACCUUUAGCCGGAAGCCGAAACCCCUUUCGGAGCAAAAGAAGAGCAGCAAAAGAGCAGAAAACCAGUGAGCAGCCAUGGAGCAAUUUGAGCAGCUGUUGACGUGCUGCGUGUGCCUGGACAGGUAUCGCAUACCGAAGCUGCUGCCAUGUCAGCACUCCUUCUGCAUGGAGCCCUGCAUGGAGGGACUGGUGGACUAUGUGAGGCGACAGGUAAAGUGUCCCGAAUGUCGUGCCGAACAUCGCAUACCCUACAAUGGCGUGCAGGCAUUUCCGACGAAUGUCACGCUGCAGCGUUUCCUGGAGCUUCAUAUCGAAAUCACUGGAGAGCUGCCCGAUCCGACAUCAGGUCAAAUCAUGGAACGUUGUGGCGUCUGCUCGGAGAAGGCCUAUCUGUCGCAUUGUGCGCACUGCGAGAAAAAGAUUUGCGAGGACUGCAAGAGCGCCCACAUGGACAUACUGCGACGUGAGAUAACGCGCUUCAACUCACAGAUCCGUCGCAGCUUGCAUCGACUGCAGGACUCUCUGGCCAUCAUCGAGAAGAAUACGAUGAGCCUGCAGACGAACGCCAUCAGUGUGACGGAGGAGAUUGACGAGAUCUAUCAGCGCAUCACGAAGGCCAUCAAGGAUCGCUCGGACCAGCUGAAGGGCGAAAUCGAUCGCUAUCUGGCCGUGGAGCUGCGCAAUCUCACAACGCUCAAGGAGAAUCUCGACCUGGAGAUCACGAACAUCGGCAGCAACUGUGACAUUGUCGACAAGUACAUGAACGAGACGGUCGAGUGGGACGACUGCGAGCUGAUGGACACCAAGGAGAUCUUCCUGAAGACCGUCGAGUUCCUGCGGCACUUUGAGUACGAGAACAACGACUACAGUCGUCGCGUGAGAUUCCUCGUCUCCAUUGAUCCCAAUCAGCUGGUGAUGAACUUGGCCACCUUCGGGGACCUCAACAUUGCGCCACACUCGACGCCGGGCGGCUCGGUGAGCAGCUCCCAUCUGGCACCGCCCAGCGGCCUGCAGCCCGGCCUGAUGCGCUCCAAGAGCGACCAUCGGCUGGCCACGCAGUUCCGGCAGCAGGAGGAGCGCGGUGGCUACAACGACGAGCCCGUGCUCGGCGGCAGGAAGUUCGGGGAGCGGCCACAGCGCAGUGCCACCACCGCCAACAGCGAUCGCUAUGGCGAGGGCAGCCGCUACGGCCGCUCGGCCUAUGACUACGAGAACGACUACGAGAAUGAGUCCACUGGGGGACGGACGGGCAAAUCCUCCCGCUUCCGAUCACGCUUUGUGCGCUCGCACCAGAACGACGACUCGGACACGGAACAGCAGCAGCAGCAGCGCCAGCAGGAGCUUAAGGAGCGCAAGGAGCGUGUCCUCGACAGCGAGGACGUGUCGCGCGGUCAGCUGAGUGGCAUCAUUCGCCUGAGCGACUGCUCCCGCGUCGUGCAGCGCCUCGCCGACAUUGGCAAGGAGAAGAAGUCCGACAAGAAGUCGGAUGCCGCCUGUGCGGCUCAGGCAGCCGUUCAGGCCGCCAUCCAGAACCAAAAGGCGGCCAUGCAGCGCCAACAGCAGAAGCAAUCGGCAGCUGCCGCAGACGAGGAUGAGCUGGCACGUCAGAAGCGCAAGAGUGUGGCUGCUGGAGCCGCGGGAGCGGCCACCUCGAGCAGUGAGGCUGGUCAGGAGCAGCGACCCAACAGCGAGCGGCUGGCGAACCUCAAGACGACACGCGGUGGCGAGGAUAGCGAUGGCAGCGGCUCCAAUCAGGCGGCGGCGGCAUCAUCUCCAGUGCGUACAGCGACAGCAGCGACGCGAGCCGAGGUAAGUGUGAAUGAGGCAAAUACAGAAGAAGAAGGCGUGGCCAGUGGCAGUGACAGCGAGGCAGAGGCAGAGCCAGGCAUUGAGGCAGAGGCAGAGGCCGAGGCAGCAGUAGUAGGAGAGGCGGAAGACGAGUCCGAGGAAGAGUCUUCCGAGUACGAGGAAGUAACAGUCACCGAGAGCAGCGACGAAGCGGAGGAGGAGCCGGAGUCUGUGCCCCACCAGGUGCCCGAGAUCAAUGUCCUGCCGCCGCAGGGCGAGCUUUCCAACAAAGACCUCGAAAGCAGUCAGCCCGAACAAGAGCAGACAGAGAUAGCAGUAGCAGCAGCAGCAGCAGCAGAGGAGAAGAGUGAGGAAGAGGACUCGGAUGAGUACACCGAAGAGGAGAUAGAAUCGAAGCCGCCCGUCGCCGCGCAAGUGGCGGCCGUGAAGAAGACCCAGCGUUCGGGCAGCUCGGACAGCAGCGCCUCCACCGAGAGCUCGGCCAGCUCGGGAGCGGCAGCGGCGGCAGCAGCAGUGGCUGCGGCAGCGACUCCCAGCAGCAGUCAGCACAAGGCGGCCAGCACGGCGCGUCAUUCGAGUGCACGGGAUUCGGUGGCCAGCAGCGCAGUGCCGGAGAAGAAGCCCUUCGUUAGCCGCUUCCUGCCGCAGCACAGCAAUCCGCCGAGUGCCUCCAACGGGACGUCCGACAAGAAGAAGGCGGAGUCCAGCUCGAGCAGCGAGGAGGAGACCAGCUCGGAGUCCGAGUCCGAGUCGGAGCCGGAGACGAAGCCCAAGGCGAGCACCGGCAGCACUACUGCCAGCAAGUCCACGCCCAGCAGCGCCUCCAGCUCGACAACGGCGGCGACCAGCGCCGGCAGCAGCUCCACCAGCGGCAGCUCGUACCGCGAUCGCCUGGAGGCCCGACGGGCUUCCCGCGAUGACACCGCCCUAGCGUCGCGCAGCAGCUAUGCCACGCCCUCGAGCAGCGGCUAUGGCAGCGCCGGCAGCAGCAGCACCGCCCGCACACGCACCGUGCCCGCGCCCCAUCAUGCGUCAGAGAGCGAGGAUCGUUAUGGCAGCAGCAGCACUGGCACUGGCACUGGCAGCAGCUACACAAGCCGCUUUCUAAACAAGAGCAAGAGCAGCGCCAUUGUAACGCAACCCUCGCUAUCCACGCCCACCGCCUCCUUCGACGAGGACGCCAACGGCACGGGCGACGACUCAGACAGUCGCUAUGGAACGGGCCGCUCCCGCUAUCUGGCCAUGAAGGAGCGCCGCACACGGCUGGCGCGCAGUCGCUCCUCGCAUCAGUUUGGCAACGAGGAUGAAGAUCUGGAUGAGCCGGUAUCCCCCACAACGGUCUCGCCAUCCGCUUACUUGGCUUCAAGAUACAGCGGCUAUGGCAGCAGUGAUCUGUCCCGGAGCCGCUCCUCGCACGCGCUGAAGUCGCGCGACAAUUCGCCCAUCACCGAUCGCAGUGCGGGAAGCUCGCGUGCUGGGGCGCUGGGCAGCAGCUCCACGGACAACAAGGAUGGAGAGGCGCUGAGCUCGUGGGCGCGCUAUCUGAAGAACAAGUAUGGCAGCAAGAGCAGCAAGGACACGCCCAGUGGCAGUGCCGGCAGCGCACGCGACUCGCAUGCCGCCAGCUCAACGGCGGCAUCGUCUUCGCAUGCGCACGGCACUGGCAGCAGCGGCAGCGGCAGCGGCAGCGGUCGCAGCACGGCCAGCGAGGUGUCGCGACGCCUCAGCUUGGGUUUGCCACUGAGGCAGGCCAACGAGCUGGCCUCCUCCGACGACGAUGGGUCAAAAAACGGGCUAGGCUCCCCUACGUCCCCUACGGUAGCAGCAGCAGUGGCAGCAGCCGGUAUAACCGGAGUGGCAGGUACUAUCCCUAAGCAGGUGUAUCUGCGCAAGCGCCAGCAGCUGUUCCAGUUGGGGGGCCGGGGGAGCGAGCCCGGAUCCUUUACGUGGCCGCGCGGCCUAGCCGUCGGUCCCGACAACAGCAUCGUCGUUGCGGACUCCAGCAACCAUCGUGUCCAGGUCUUCGACUCCAACGGCAUCUUCGUCAAGGAGUUUGGAGAGUAUGGCAGCGGCGAGGGAGAAUUCGAUUGUCUGGCCGGUGUGGCCGUCAAUCGAAUCGGCCAAUACAUCAUUGCCGAUAGAUACAAUCAUCGCAUACAGGUGCUCGAUCCGCAGGGAAGGUUCCUGCGAGCUUUUGGUUCGCAGGGCACCGCAGAUGGCAAAUUCAAUUAUCCUUGGGGAGUGACAACCGAUGCACUCGGCUUCAUUUACGUGUGCGAUAAGGAAAACCACAGAGUGCAGGUUUUCCAAUCCGAUGGUUCCUUCGUUGGCAAAUUUGGUUCCUGCGGCCGUGGCGAAGGACAACUUGAGCAUCCGCACUAUAUAGCCGUAUCGAAUACGAAUCGUGUGAUUGUUUCCGAUUCGAAUAACCACAGGAUUCAGAUUUUCGAUGUUAACGGCAAGGUUCUGUCCACGGUGGGCGGCGAGGGCUCUGACGAUGGUCAGUUCAAGUUUCCACGCGGUGUGGCGGUGGACGACCAGGGCUAUAUAUUUGUGGCCGAUUCGGGCAAUAAUCGCAUACAGAUCUUCAAUCCGGAUGGCAGCUUCCUGAAGACCUUCGGCUCCUGGGGCUCCGGCGAUUCGGAGUUCAAAGGACUGGAGGGCGUCGCCAUCAUGUCCAAUGGCAACAUCUUGGUCUGCGAUCGCGAGAAUCAUCGUGUUCAAGUCUUCUAACCAGCCACAACACGUGGCCCCUCUUUGAUUUUGUUUUGUUUAAGUUUCUCAAUUCAUUUAUUAUUUAUUUAUAUUUCCUUCGAGUGCCAAAAAAUUUAAUGUCUUCAUUUCUAUUCAUAGAAAUUUUGUCAGUUAACUAUAAAGCAAAAAGUAAACAACAAAAUCGAAA